AUGAUCGUCUUAUCGCUACUGUUAAUCAUUUCUAUUUUAGUUCAAGAAAGCAACCAGAGGUAAAUUUUUUUAAAAUUGUCUACAAUUUUUUUCCAGUCGUUCAAUAAGCUUAGCUUACUGUUUUUCGUAGAACUGCGCUAUUCUAGAAAAGGAGGCGCUUUCAUGUUUUGAAAAGAAUUCAUCACAACGAACCCUAAGUUGAACUGGAUGCAGAGGACCACCUGGUAUGCCUUCUCCAUCUCAAGCACCCCCUCCACCUCCACCUCCACCUCCGCCGCCACCUCCGAAUCGUGCUCCUGAAGUCUCAAACGUUGAACAGCGAGCAGUUCAGACAGCUCCUAACAAUGGCGAUUGGAAUGGUCCCAGUUCGGGCGGUUGGAACCAGCCGAGUGGUGGCUGGGACAAUGGACCUCAAAGCGGCUGGAGAGGUCCGGGAGACUUUCCCGACUACUCGGAUUUCGAGCAAGAGCGAAUGGAACGUCGUCGCUUCAGACACGAGAUGCGUCGACGUUGGCGGGAGCAGUUCGGCGGUCCACCGUUUGGAGGUUUUUUUUUUAUUUCGAUUCGAGUUUUCACACAAAUAUUUUCCUGAAAGUUUUGAGCUCUACCAAAUUUUGGAAAGAAAUUUUUCGAAAAUUUUUGUAAGACUUUCUUUUCUGAUUUUCCUUUCGACCUCAAAAAUUACGUGUAGAUUUUCCUUGUUAGCUUUUAAGACAAGUAAGUCUGGUACGACACUUGAGGAAGUUUUUAUCCAAAAAAAGUUUGGGGAAUAUAUGAAAUACACGAAAACUUUGAUUUUUCAGGACCUUUCCGUCCUCCACCACCGCCAGAGUUCUUCGGGAAAUAA